CUUCUUAAUAUAAAAAUUAUUGGAAAAAUAAUCACUCACAAUAGAUUACUCAAUACAGACGGAUCGCACUGUAAGUUUUAUUAUUUGAAAAAUAUCAUAAAACAAAAGAAAACAUCGAUAUUUAGACAAAGCCGAUAUCACGAUAUAUGUAUAGAACGAUGACUGUCUUUAGAACUAUUUUCAUGGCGCUAGCGAUAGUUGCGACUAAGUUUUGUUCAUCUACACAAGGAAAACCACAACAAAAUUCCAAUGCUGAAAAAAAUAUUCAGGAAAUAUUUAACACAAAUCCUAGUCCCUUGGAUAACAUUCAAAGUAAUCGAAAACAAAGCGGAAUAGAUUUAAUUGUUAACCCGGAACCUACCGAUUCCUUGAUCCCAGCGACAAACUUUAAUUCUAUAAGUGGCAAAGCAGUCACGUGUAAUUGUGUUCCUUAUUAUAAGUGCGAUCCGUCAACAAAUAGUGUUACAGAGGACGGUACUUUUGAUGGGUUCGGUGUUAUUGAUAUUCGAUUUAACGCCGAUGACCCCAUUUGUCCAUCAUCCGUGGACGUUUGCUGCGCUAUGAAUCGAACACGCUCUGAGACCUUAAAUCCGACCCCUUUGGUUCAAAGACCAAACCAACCACAAGGUUGCGGGGUUCGUAACGUAGGAUUGGAUUUUACUUUAAGUGGAGCCACGCAAAACGAAGCCGGUUUUGGCGAGUUUCCAUGGACGGUAGCUCUUUUGCAUUUCUCCAAUUUUAGCUAUUUUUGUGCUGGCUCACUAAUUCAUCCACAAGUGAUUCUAACCGCUGUGCAUUGUGUUCAACCUCAUAAUCCAGGAUCGUUUAUUAUCAGAGCAGGAGAAUGGGACUCUCAAACCACAAGGGAGCGCUUACCAUAUCAGGAACGAACUGUGAAAAAUAUUAUUACGCAUCCGCAAUACAAGAGUAGAAACAUUGCCAAUGAUUUUGCACUUGUUAUUCUCAGCCAGCCUUUUGUAUUAGAUGACCAUAUUAAUGUGGUGUGCUUACCUCAGCAAGGAUCAAUUCCCGCAACUUCCAUCACUUGUUAUUCCACUGGAUGGGGAAAGGAUGUUUUCGGUUCUCAAGGAAAAUAUAGCGUUAUCAUGAAAAGGGUUCCAUUGCCUGUAGUUGAGUACAAUUCUUGUCAGGAAAGGCUACGAAAGACUCGACUUGGGCCAAAGUUUGCUUUAGACAGGUCAUUCAUGUGUGCGGGAGGCCAAAGAGGUAUUGAUACUUGCCAAGGGGAUGGUGGAGCUCCUCUCGUGUGCCCCAUUGGAAUAUCCUCUGAAACUCGAUACAUGCAGAGUGGGAUUGUUGCAUGGGGAAUUGGAUGCAAUGAUGAGGUACCAGCUGCCUAUGCUAACGUAGCUAUAGUGCGAGAUUGGAUUGACCAACAAAUGUUAGCCAACGGUUUUGAUACAACCGGUUAUACAGCUUAAAAUAAAAAAAAAAAACAAAUCAAAACCAAAAAUAAACCAAUAAAAUAAAA